AUGGAGUUACUACCUACAAUACGGGCUGUCGCAGAUGAGUUAAUGAGCUGUUCAGAUGCGAUUUCAAGAAAAUUUCAUCUCAAAAAUGAAACGACAAUUACAAGUGAAAAUCUUGCAGUAUCUAUCAAAUUGCUUAUCCCACGAGUUGCUGAGCAUAAGGAGUAUGCAAAGUUUCUACAAUCUCAAAGUCAAAUGUAUGACAUGAUUGGUACUUUGCAACGAACAUUAUUUACUGAAAUUCAGGACAGGGUAACAAAUCCACUAAAAACUUGGGUUAUGUCGGAUUAUGGACGAAUUAUGGAUUCCAUUGAAGUUUUGAAAGCAAAACGCUGGCAAAUGGAUGUGGUGAUUGCAGAAUUUGAAAAGAGCAAUAUUAAGCAUGUUUUCUUUUUUAUUUUAUUGAAAGAUGAAACACAAACAACCACAGAAAAUUUCAAAGUUGAACAGUGCAAAAAGGAUUAUGAGACACAGUUGGCAAUGGUGAAAGCUGAUUUACGCAAAAUUCCAGCAAUUCAGGUUGAUUUAUCAAUUUGUUUGAGGCAUUUCAAUCAAUUAAUGUUUGAUUAUCAUAAGCAGAUGGAAGAAGUUUUGGACAAGUUUGGCGCUGGAAAAGUUUGA